GAGGAAGGGGAUACGGAGCAGAGAGAAACAGGAAAGAGAAGAAGAAGGACAGACAUUAAAAAGAGUGAACAGAGGGAAACAACAGAGAAAAAAAGACAAGUGCAGCCAAGAGAGGAGAGGAGGAUGCUGCUGCCUGACUUCUGAGGAGUUUGGAUUUGGACGUGACAGAGAUGCAGCAUCCAAAUAUUUCAGCCUGAGCAUCUCCAGGUUGUGUCUGUGUGUGUGUGUGUGUGUGUGUGUGAGAGAGUUUGUUCAUGUGUGUGAAGCCAUGGCGAGCGCUCAGCCGGGGGUCCAUGCAUUGAAACUCCAGCCUCCCUCUGUUUCAAACACACUGAAGAACGGAAGCAACUUCAUCAAAUGGGACGAGGAUCUGUCGACUGUGACCCCAGUGACUCUACAUGUGGACCAACAUGGAUUUUACCUCUACUGGACAGAUCAAAAUAAGGAUACAGAGUUGUUGGACCUCACCCUUGUGAAAGAUGUCAGAACAGGAAGAAGCACCAAAGCGCCCAAGGAGGCCAAGCUGCGGGAGCUGCUUGACAUUGGAAACCUGGUUGGACGGCUUGAGAACCGCAUGGUAACAGUGGUUACGGCUUCCGACCUCGUAAACGUCAACCAGCUUAACUUCAUCGCAUCGCAGGAGGAUGAAGCUAAGGAGUGGUGUGAGGAGCUGUUUUCUCUGUCUUCCAACCUGCUGAGCCACAAUCUCAACAGAGACCACAGUCUACUGAAAGCAUACGUCAGGUUAAGUCUCCAGCCGAAUACAGAGGGGAGAAUUCCUGUCAAGAACAUUGUUCGACUGUUUUCCUCCGACAGAAAGAGGGUGGAGAAUUCCCUGGAGAGCUGUAAACUACCCUAUGCACGGGGUGACAGCAUCAAACUGGAGGACUUCACACUUGAAGUCUACAAGAGCUUUUUGGAAAGUCUGUGUCCUCGUCCAGAGCUCAGCAGCAGCUUUAAACUGCAAGGAGGGGAUGGAAGGAAGAUGUCAGUUGAUCAGAUGACAGAGUUCAUCAACAACAGGCAGAGAGACCCGAGGCUCAACGAAAUCCUCUACCCACCUCUACGUCCCGCACAGACAAAGGCUCUGAUGGAGAGGUACCAGCAUGACCUGGAACAGCUGAAUCAAGGCAUCAUCUCCCUACAGGCUUUCUCCAGUUAUCUGUCCAGUGAUGAGAACGGAGUCAUCCCACCUGAGAAAUUGGAUCAGUCUGAAGACAUGAGCUUCCCCUUGUCUCAGUACUUCAUCAACUCUUCACAUAAUACAUAUCUGACAGCGGGUCAGCUGGCAGGGAGCUCCUCAGUAGAGAUGUACCGGCAGGUUCUCCUGGCCGGGUGUCGCUGUGUAGAACUGGACGUGUGGAAAGGUCGGACUGCUGAGGAGGAACCUGUAAUCACCCAUGGCUUCACCAUGACAUCAGAAAUCCCUUUUAAGGAAGUGAUUGAAGCUAUUGCAGAAUGCGCCUUCAAGACCUCACCUUUCCCUGUCAUACUCUCCUUUGAAAACCAUGUGGACUCUUUAAAGCAACAGGCUAAGAUGGCUGAAUACUGUCGGUCCAUUUUCGGUGAAGCGCUGUUGAUUGACCCUCUGGAGAAAUACCCUCUGGAGUCGGGCGUCCCCCUGCCCAGUCCUCAGGAGCUGAUGGGAAAAAUCAUCAUUAAAAACAAGAAAUCACACAAACCCUCCAAUAACACAGACACUAAAAGGCUGAUCGACCAACCUGCCAAUCAAACCAGCGAACCACUGUCGCCUAGCAACAUCACAGGAGAGAUGGAGGCUGAGAGUGAGGAAGAUGAUGAUGAUGAUGACGAUGAUGGUAAAAAGGGCUCAGCGGAGCGGGAGGCAGUGUCCACAGAGGAAAUGUCCAUUCUGGUCAACUACGUCCAGCCAACCAAGUUCAACUCCUUCGAAGCCUCAAAGAAGGCAGCCCGCUGUUACCACAUGUCAUCUUUUGUGGAGACCAAAGCAUUGGAGCACCUUACAAAGUCACCAGUGGAGUUUGUAGAAUAUAAUAAAUCCCAGUUAAGUCGUAUCUAUCCUAAAGGAACCAGAGUCGACUCUUCCAACUUCAUGCCUCAGCUCUUCUGGAACGCCGGCUGUCAGCUUGUCGCUCUCAACUACCAAACAAUCGAUUUCUCCACCCAGCUGAAUCUCUUCAUGUUUGAGUACAACGGGCGGAGCGGCUACAGACUGAAGCCUGAGUUCAUGAGGCGGCAUGACAAACAUUUCGACCCCUUCGCAGAAAACACAGUGGACGGCAUCGUGGCUAACACCCUCUCUGUGAAGGUGAUUUCAGGACAGUUUCUGACUGAGCGGCGGGUGGGCGUGUAUGUGGAGAUAGAGAUGUUUGGACUUCCUGCAGACACCAGGAGGAAAGCACUGAAAACAAAAACCUCUCAGAACAACAACGCCGUCAACCCAGUGUGGGAUGAAGAGCCAGUUGUCUUCAAAAAGGUGAUUCUUCCAACUUUGGCCUCUCUGAGAAUUGCAGCUUUUGAGGAAGGAGGGAAGUUUAUAGGUCAUCGGAUUAUUCCAGUGUCUGCAAUAAGACCAGGGUACCGAUACAUCGGAUUGAGGAAUGAGAAAAACCAGUCUUUGAUUCUACCAGCUGUGUUUGUCUACAUUGAGGUCAAAGAUUACGUACCUGACACCUUUGCAGAUGUGAUAGAAGCUCUGUCCAACCCUAUCCGAUAUGUCAACCUUCUGGAGCAGAGGUCCAAACAGCUGGCAGCUCUGACGCUGGACGAUGUGGAGGAGGAAACCCAGGCUGAGGAAGAGGCAGACACCACUGCAGAGCGCAAAAACGACGUUAAAUCGGCUCCACUUGAGAAUGGACUAAGCCCCGCCCCUGGCCCUACAGGCCACACCCCAAUCACCACGACACCCAAAGUCACUACAGCUAAUCAGCAAGCAGCGACGACAGAAACAGCCAAACCAGUGGCCAAGAGUGAAGAUCUGGUAUCAAGUGUUUUGAUAGAUGUCCCAUCAUGCACCAUGGAGAGUCUGCAGCAGUCGAAGGUUUACCAGAAGGAGCAGAGACGUCAGUUUAAAGAGCUGAAGGAGUUAGUAAGGAGGCACCAGAAGAAAACCUCUGAGCUCCUCCGAGAGAUCAACAACAAGUACAAGAAGACGGCAAGACAGUGCAGUAAGAGCAGAGGCUCGUGUUCAGAGAGCGAGAAAGAGGAACGGCUCCAGCAGCUGAGAGACGAACAGCAGCAGCAGCUCCUCACUUUGAGGCAGGAGCAGUACUACAGUCAGAAAUAUCUGCAGAGAGAACACAUUAAAAUGCUGACAGAGCGGCUGAGCAGUCUGGCUGAGGAAAGUCACAACACACAGAUGAAGAAACUCAAAGACAUAUCUGACAAGGAGAAAAAAGAGCUGAAGAGGCAGAUGGAUCGAAGGAGAACAGAGAAGAUCAACCAAGCGAAGACCAAAGAGAAACAUCUGGCUGAAGAGGAGAAGAUUGAGAUCAAUAAGUCCUACGUCAAUGAAGUCGUCCAGAACAUAAAGCGGCUGGAGGAAACUCAAGCAAAGCGCCAUGAUCAGCUGGUGGAGCAGCAGAACGAGCUUCUGCAGCAGAUACAGGACCUGAAACCAAAGUUGCAAGGAGUGGUGGAGGCUGAUUUCCAGGAGAAGUUCCAGUGUUUGCCUGGAGAGAUCGAAGACUUCCUGCAGGACAGGAAGGCAGAAGUGAGAGGUCACAGCAAGUCCCGCCCAUCCACACCGCACGAAACUCUGUCAGAGGAGGACUGAGGGGUGAGGGAGCAUGCGGAGGGAGAAUGGAUGGUAGCAGAGAGAGGAUAGUGCUAAAGAGCCAAACACAAGGACGUAAGAAGGAUAAAAAAAAGAGAGAAGAUUUUAAAGACUGUUACUUUUGUUUUUAAUGGAAGAACACUUUGAUGAUUGUCUUUGAAAUUGAAUUCAAGCAUGCACUUUGCUGUUUGCCAGCAUUCAGUCAGAACUCAUUUAACCUUAGUUUCUGUUUAUUUGAAGGACAACUACCCGACAGUUUGUACUGCAUGAACAAUCUAUCUCUCUAUCUAUCUAUCUGUCUAUCUAUCUAACUAUCUAUCUAUCUAUCUAUCUAUCUAUCUAUCUAACUA